UUGUCUAAUUUUGUGUUCCAUUUUUCUAUUGACUACAUGGACUUCCAUCGGUGGAUGGGGCGCUAGUCUGAACUUGUCUUAUUUCUUAUCAUAGAGGAGACUUUGAUACCCGUGAUAUCAUCUCAGAGGUCCAUGGGGCGCUCAUCUUGCCACGGCAAAAGCCAAUAGAGCACAGUCCACAGCAACACCACCAUUCCGUUCCCAAUCUAGCAAGGCAUGCAUGGAGCUCGCGACGGCGGCGCUGGGCAGCCUCCUCCCCAAGCUGGGCACCCUCCUCACCGAUGAAUACAAGCUGCAGAAGGAGCUCAGGGGGGAGAUCAAGUUCCUGCAAGCCGAAAUGGAGAGCAUGCAGGCUGCCCUCAAGCAGGUGUCUGAGCUGCCGGCUCAUCAGAUUCGUGACCUGGAUAAGAUCUGGGCGAGGGACCUGAAGGAGCUGUCCUAUGACAUCGAGGACAGCGUUGACACUUUCAUGGUGCGCAUCGAUGCUCCUGUGGAUGCCAAGCAGCAUAGCUUCCGAAGGUUCUUCGAUAGGACCAUCGGCUUGUUAACAAAGGCCAAAACUCGCCGUCAUAUCGCUGAUGACAUCAAAGACAUCAAGCGCCGCCUCCAUGAGGUCGCUGCUAGGCGAGAAAGGUACAAGUUUGAAGAUAUUGCAGCGAAGCCUGACACGUCGACGGUCAUCGAUCCUCGCGUGCCAGCUCUCUUUGAAGAAGCAGCGAAGCUUGUUGGCACAGAUGGCCCUGCAGAGAAGAUCUCCAACUUGCUAACCCAAGGGACAGAUGUGCAAAAACAGAAGCUAAUGGUUGUCUCAAUUGUUGGAGUUGGAGGCCUGGGUAAAACGACCGUUGCCAAUUUGGUGUAUGAAAGGCUUAGGGGCCAAUUUAAAUGUCAAGCUUUCGUCUCGGUGUCGCUGAAGCCAAACAUGAAGCAGAUUCUCAGCAGCAUACUACGGCAAGUUAGUAAAGACAAGUGCACCAAUGCUGGAGAAAAAGAACCGAGUGACCUUAUAAAGAGCAUCAGGGAAUUCCUCAACGAUAAGAGGUACUUCAUUGUAAUUGAUGACGUAUGGAAUGAUGAAGCGUGGAAAUUCAUCAAAAGUGCUCUGAUUGACAACAAUCUUGGUAGCAAAGUUAUUGUGACAACCCGUAAUGUUGGUGUGGCUAAUUUGUGUUCUGUUGAUGGCGCUAAAUAUGAACUAGAUCCUCUCUCUGAUGCGGAUUCCAAGAGGCUGCUUUGUAAAAGGAUAUUUAAUGAGGUAGAGGGAAUUCAUUCUGAACUGGAGGAGGUAGCUAAGAAAAUUUUGAAGAAGUGUGGUGGGGUACCAUUAGCUAUCAUUACUAUAGCUAGUAUGUUGGCUAGUUUACCAAACCAAACAAAGUAUGAAUGGUACCACGUAUACAAUUCCAUGGGUUCUGGACUUGAAAAUGACAAGACUCCGGAGAACAUGCGAGGGAUAUUAUCUCUUAGUUAUAAUGAUCUACCUUACUAUCUUAAGCCUUGCUUACUGUAUCUGAGCAUGUUUCCCGAGGAUUUUGUGAUCCCAAGAGAUGUGUUGGUACAGAUGUGGGCAGCGGAAGGUUUUAUUAUUGAAGAAAAGGGGAGAAAUUUGUAUGAAAUUGGAGGGAGAUAUUUCACUGAGCUUGUUAAUAGAAGCAUGAUUCAGCCGGUAGGCAUUGAUGAUUUUGGCAGUGCAACAGCUUGCCGUGUGCAUGAUAUGAUACUUGAUCUCAUCAUUUCCCUUUCAGCACAAGAAAAUUUUGUCAUCAUAUCAGAAGGCCCACAGCUCAUAUCUCCAAAGUGCACGAUUCGACGACUAUCACUGCAAGAUAGCCAGGUAGAUAGCAAUGAAGAAGAUAGCAAGGAAGAGCAAGUCACACAGCCAACAAAUGUGAACAUGUCCCAUGUGAGGUCACUCAUUGCAUUUAAUGAUGAUGCUUUCCAACGGUGGCCACCUCUGUCAAGGUUUUCAGUUCUCCGUGUUUUGUAUUUGGCACAUUUUCCCUGGUGGGAUAUUGAUCCUAAGCAUCUAGGGAGUUUGCACCACUUGAGAUAUCUGGGACUAGGAAAUGUGCUUGAAGCAGAGGUUCUAGAAGAAAUUGGAAACCUUCAACUUCUGAAGACAUUGGAUUUGCAGGACGCAUACGUAAAAGAACUGCCAGCAAGUAUUACUCGGCUAAGACAACUUGAGAAUCUGAUUAUUAAUGAUAGGCCGAAAUUGCCAGAUGGGAUUGGGAAUUUAAUGUCCCUACAAGAGUUGGGAUGGCUUGAUGUGGAAUUAUCACCAAACACUCUGGCUGAGCUAGGCAAUCUUACACAACUGAGGGUGCUGACAAUAUCCGGAUUAACUUUUAAUGAGAGUUAUGUGAAGACUUUUCUCCAGAGCCUAUCGAAUCUACACAACAUUCGCACUCUAGUUCUCAUUCACAGUCUAAGGCUAGAUUUAGAUUGCAUGUCAGAUCAAUGGAGGUGCCCUGCACAUCUACAAAACAUUGAAAUAAACAGUAAUGCGAGCUUGUCUCGGUUGCCACGGUGGUUUUCCACCCUCUCUGAACUCUCCUGCUUAUCCAUCACGGUCGAGGUGCUUAGACAGGAUGAUCUUCAACUGCUUGGAGCUUUACCUGUGCUACGCUUUCUUAAAUUAGAAUUACAAGGUCCGGAUGGUAUUAUGACUGAAGAACGGCUGGUGAUUGGUAUUGAUGAGCCCUUCCGCUCUCUAGCAGAGUUUAAUUUUAUCAACCAAACACGAUGGUGGUUGGAGUUUGGUCAAGGAGUGAUGCCAAGGCUUCAAAGGCUUGAGUUAUACUUUUGGGUACGGAAGAGAGAAGAUAUUGGCUUGGAGAACCUGACUUCCCUUAAACAUGUCACCGCCAGAGUUGACUGUCGGUGCGCCCGGAUCAGGGAGGUGGAGGAUGUAGAGACCAAGAUCAGGGAUGUGAUUGAGAUCCAUCCCAACCAUCCAACUCUUGAGUUGUCAAGAGAUCGGACCUUUUUUAUGAAGGAUCGAAGGUAAAAAUUUCGUCUUUCCAUUGAAUUGCCAUGUAUACUUGCUCGUUUUUUUUCUGACGUAUCCUCGCUUUUCCUCUUGCUGAUAUGCCUGGUGAUCAAUAGCGACGAUGAAAGCGACUUGGUGGCUACCGACAGUGAAAGCGACUUUGGUAGUGAGGCUUCAGAGCAAAGUGAAGCCUGACGAACGAUAAUUUUAUUCAAUUUCUGGCAUUAAAACAUCAGCUAAUCAUAAUCUUCAUUGGAUUGCAUCAGUAUAAUUCUUGGGAUUGUUUGUGCCGUCCUGUCCUGUUUCUAUUGCCCCAGCACCAAUCUGCUUACAACAUCAGCCAAUUGUUCACAUUCAUUUUUCUGUAUCCUAUUCCGUGUUUUGGUUGCGCAUUUCACUUCAUCUCAUUGUUUCCGUCCAUAUUUCGUUUCUUUUUAUCUACCACAAAACUCCUCCUUCUGUGCUAUGUUUGAAAAAUGAUUCAGUCCAUUGCUAUCCUUAAAAAAAAAAAACUCUGAUUUUACCUCGUAAAAAAAAUUCCUUUGUUAUGCUUGAAAAAAAAAAUCCCUCCUUUGUUGUCCUUCAAAAAGAAAAAAAAAAACUAGCCCUUUAAUUGUUAUGGUUCUCUGACAUCUGUCUCUCUCUCCCAAACCUAUGCUGCACCAUGUUCAGCUGAUUCCUCGGUCCAACAUCGGCUGCACAAUUGUUCAGAACGGAGUAAUGGGUCAUUUUAACGCUUAUCAAUGGUUUAUGGGACAGAGAUUUGUAGCAUUUUCCAAGAGAUCUAUUUACUUUAUUGGAAACUUUGACAAUUUAUUAUCACUAUAUCUUUCCAAUGUUAGCAUGAACUUGUUUGUUUAACAAACAUAUAAUUGUGGAUGAUGUUUUGGGUCUACUUUUCACAACUUUGAAUUUAUGUUUGUAUGGAGAAUCAUUUACAUAUUGCAAGUAUGGAUUGUCCUAUGUGGAAAUGACACUUAGAUGCACCUAGAGUUUUUUUUGGGUGAGUUACCACCCAACUGGUGUGGGUAAGCAUCUGACAAUCUCCCCCUUUGAUGUUGAACAUUUGCUUAAUUGCUUAGCAUCUCACUAGAUAAAAGUUCGCAGUUUGCUAUUCAGGGGCCACUAGAGUACACAACAUGCCUCUCAAGACGAACUCCAUGGAUUGCCAUGGAUUCCUAGAGAAAAAAACUCCCUCGAAGUUCUGCACUGGCAUGAGCGUUCGUUGUGCCCGUAUGGUCACCGAGCCCAAAUGAUGAUGACUUUCGAUGGGGAGACCUUUGGCCAAAGGGUCUUCAAGAGUCCCAGAACAAAUCCUGAUUUUACGCCUUGUUGCUUUAAGCAAUGGAUCGACAUGGUGAGACCGCCAUACAAUGUGCGAUGGAUCAGAGAGGCCAAAACUAAAGGAAAAUACGUCGUUAGGAUGGUGAAAGCACACUAGAAGCAAGAGGCACGUUAGAUGCGUCAUGAGGAACGUCAAUGCCGAGAAUAGGAAUGCUAGCGGCGGGCUUAGGAGCUACAAAGGCAGUUGGAGGAACGCCGCCUACAAAAGGAGGAAUUAAAGAGGCAGGAGGAUGAAUUUCAGAGGCGUGAGAAACUACUUUAGAGGAGUCAGGCUCUUCUUCAUCGCCAGGAAGAGGAGGAGUGUGAAGCGGUUCUUGCGAGAAGUGGGGAAUAUCCCCGGUCCAUGCAGUAGAAUCCAUGUUCUAUCCCUGGCAUUCUACUAUCCUAAAUCAUGUACCACGGUCUUUGUAAUAACCCUAGACGU